UGAUAGUAAUAACACAAGUGAGGAAGCACACUCUUGUUGGCUGGUGUGUCUUAUUAAGAUAUAUAUCAAAGCGAACAAUAUUUUUAUACGAAAAAAGAAAGAAGAAAAAAAGAACUUCAUUUUCGUAACGGUUAUCUGUGCGAUUCAAUUUUUAUGUUUCAUUUCUUAUUUAUAUUUCUGUUGUGAAUCACACACAAAAGAGGUGUGGAUAAGGUCUCCAAUUUUACCAAUUCAUUUCUCAAUCGGAAUCAGACAGAUUUACAGCUGAAGCGCGCGUACGAACAUUUAAAAAAAAACUUUUAUCACCCGAGCUGUGAGUUAACGAUUUAAUUAUUAGAUAGACAGUCCAUUACUCGUGUGAUUUGAUCUUUUGUUCUACGGAAAGAUUAAUGAGUUUUUAAACAUUUGAUGUGAGCUGAUGAUCGGAAGUCUAUUUUGAAUGAGAUUGCUUCAGGCGAUACGUUUUUAUGAACUGUUAAUGUUGUUAAGAAAGUGAAUUCGAAGUGUAUUCGCACGCUGUGGUACACAGUGUUGUAUUAUAUAAUUGAAGAGAACUUGAAUUACCAGAAAGUGAUAAGCAAGAAACUCGUGCAGCAAGAAUACACAGACAACAAUCCACGAUGAUAACCACGCGAAAAGUGCUAAUAUUUGUGAUACUAAUCGCUGUAAUGGCCAGCGUAGCAAAUGGCAAACGGAAAACAAAAACCAAAAGUCAAAAAGCCGAUGUUGUCGGUGACGAUCGCCAGAAUUUACUACAAAGUCGCGAAACGGAUCCUCCGAAUUUCCUGCGUCUGCUGUUGAUGAGACUGAUCUAUGGCAUUGCCGUGCAGAUCGGAGCCGAAGAUCGUUUAGCGGGAUUUCUGAAUGGUAUCUUUGUGCCACCGAAUGCCGACGAUGACGAUGGAUUCGGUGGAUUGGGCGGUUUUCUGGGCGAGAUUGGUGAUGGUGGUGGUGACGAUUUGUUUGAUUUUUAAGCGAGGUGGAGAAGAAAUGAGGCUGGCGGUGACACAUACAACAGAGAAAUUUUAAAUUAAAAAUUCAUCCAGAUCGCACCUACUUAAGACAUGAUGUCAUGGCAUUCUUUCUAAUAACGUUAUCAUACCAAUAUAUCAGCGAGCUCGUAACGGUUUUUGCGAUUUUUUUUUAAAUUUAUUUCUUAAAAAAUGUGAAAUCUUCAAAUUGUUUAUUCAGACGAAGAGAACUGUUACAGCAAAACCACUAAAAACGAAGGCGAAAAGUGUGUUUUUUCUUUCUUUCUUUGUUUAUCUUGAUGUGUACAACAUUGGUGAAGAUAUGAAAAUCAACUGUUGUUAGCACAAAUUUUUGUGUAAACAGCAGAAUAAUGCGUUUAGAUUCAUCAAACGAUUAAUGCUUUUAAUGGGUGAUUUUUUACAAAUCAUCAUCACCAUUGUGUGUAUGAGAUAUGCCUGGAACAUGCGAUAAUUGCGAUCCAUUCAUAAUUGAUUUUUUAUGGUGCCUCUUCUGUAGAUAUAAUUGUUUUGUAUUCAUAAUAAUUGUGUAGUGAGAACAGAAUUUUUAUUUAUUUAUUUUGAUUUAAUUUAUUUAUUUAAUUUAUUCAUUAAACUAAGGUACUUACAUUGUUGUGCGAUUAAUGAAUUUCUGGAAAUCGAAUUAUUAAAUUUUGGGAAUUUAUUCUUUCCAGAAAUUACUUUUUAGCGAAUGAUGUUAAUAAUGAUUGUGUAAAGUGUAAAAUAAAAUCCGAUUUAU